CAAACCAACCCCGUCAAGCCAUGGCUUCGUCGUUUCCGCGACGCGUCAGAAUGUCCGUUCCGUCGACCACGUGGUUCUCGUCCUCCUCCCACGUGGUCGUCGCUGCGCUUCUCUGCGUCAUUGCGGCGCGUGCUGCCGCUGCAGAGUGUCUGGUUGGUUCCGGAUUCUACGGAGUUGAUUGCACCGCGUGCCCUGUGUGUCAGAACCUUGGCACGUGCAAAGACGGGCCCGAGGGUGACGGCACGUGCGCCUGCCCUCCCACCACCACGGGGCCUCUCUGCGAGCUCUGCGCGCCCAACUACGACCCUGACACCAAGUGCACCACCAUCCUGGACGCCUGUGCAUCGUACAUCAAUGACACGGCUGCAGAGGACAGCGCGUUCGCCAAGUGGUGCAAGAUGCGACCCAAUGGGGAGUGCAUUACUGAUUUCGACGCCGUGCCGACCCGCUCGACCUGCGGGUGCCAGGCGGGAUUCACCCUUGACGAGGCGACCCAAACAUGUCUUG